AUGCCAACACAUAUACCAAAGCAAUCAGCUAUGUAUCAAAAUCAGCAGAAUUUCUAUGCUCAGAAUCAAGAUUUAACAUUUUGGCAAAAUCAAGGCCAGAAUGUUUAUUUAGCACCUUAUCUUGGAAACCAAGGAUAUAUACUAUCACACCAAGCACAGAUGUAUUUGCCACAUCAACUAGUACAAUGUGUACCUGGUAGUCUGGGUGUAUCACAAAUUGCAAAUGUUCAUGGACAAGGACAAACCGUACAGUUUAAUCAAGAUCAACAUUUACCAGGUCAGUCACAGCAAGCUUUUCGGCAAUAUCCACAUUUUCAGGGUCAAAUAGGUCAACAAAGGCAAUUAAUGAAUCAGGUACCAGCUGUUUUCCAAGAUCAGGCAACUCUGACAAAACAGUAUGGACAACAAGGGCAUAUUAACAAUCUUUCUCAAUAUGACCAAGGAACCAGUCAGAAUGGUCAGCCUGUCUCCUUGCCACAAGAACAGCAGCAUCUGCAACAAGGGCUCGCUUUACAGCCACAAGUUUUCAAACCACCUACUCCAUCAAGUUUAAGCAGCCAACAGCCCCAGCAAAAUUUUAUUUCAUCAACUCAUGGUCAAGAUCAAAUCUUCAAAUCUGCCCUUCAACAACAACCAGUCACACAAGCGUACCAGGGAGAAAACAGAUUUUCUGAAAACUACCAAGAAGAACAGCAAAGACCAAAAAGCCCAAUCAUUUCAAGUUUUCCACAACCAGACAUUUCAAAAAAUCAAGCUACAGCAGAUUGUUACCCUGUUGAGGAGAUUGAUGUGAAGGAACAGGAAAAACUACUAGACCAAAUUAUCAGUGAGGACAGUGUGAAAUCUAGUGGAACGGCUGCAAGGCAAUCACCCCCAAAGGUAGCUCCAAUGCCACCUAGACCAAAUGACAAUGAAUAUACAAGCUCAGGAGAAGAGCAAGAAGUUGUGGAGAAAGAUAAGGAAGAGACGUUGAUUAACGAGGUUUUUGCAUUGAGGGACAGUGAGGACGGUGUGAAUACUAGCCAAUUUUCUUUAAAGGCAAGAGACUUUACAACAAUUUGA